GCCUCCAUCUUCAGCAGAGCCAUAAAUUAGGCUUCACUACUACAUUUUGGCAUACAACUGUACAUAAUGGCAGUACUGUCUUCAUUUGUGUUUAAAUCUAAAUAGGCUAUAGUUUGUUUAAAAUGUUUCUACUGUCCACUUCCUUAACGCGUUUUCUUUUUUUAAUUCUGACUCGAACAGCAACUUUCUUUUCUCCACUUCAUCAAAGUGCCACAGAAAAAGCAGCUGGGGGAAAAAACACAGCAGUUGUUUGAGCCGGCGAAACUAAGAGCACGGAUGGCGUGAGCUUGUUCCUCUUUUCAUCCACUCAGCCAGAUACGCACAGCUCUAACUUCCUCCUACAAGUCCAGUGCGCUCCGCUCCGUCGCCCCGUUAACAUCAUCAGUCUAACCCAAAGGAAGAAGCGACUGUAAAGAGAUGGAACCUACUUAAAAUGAAACGAGGAAUAUUAUUUCCAUAGUCCGAGUCUAGACGCUCAGAAAUAACCACAGAAAUAAGAGUCGAAGUGACUGGUUGAAGCGCGAAGGCACCAUGGGCUGUGUGGGCUCAAAGGAGGAGGAGCCGGCUAUCAGCAAAGGGACGAGCAAUGAAAAGCUGCAGAACCGAGCACAGGUGGCCCACUAUGUCAAAGACCCCACCACAGUGAACAAAGCUAGUAAAAUGCCACCCAGUGCAAACGCUUCAGAUGGAGGGACUAUUGCCAUGGCACUCUAUGACUAUGAGGCCAUUCACGAAGGAGACCUUGGGUUCAAGAAGGGAGAUAAACUCAAAAUCUUAGAGGAAUCAGGGGAGUGGUGGAAAGCUAUGUUAAUCAGUACAGGUCAGGAAGGCUACAUCCCCAGUAAUUAUGUAGCCAAAGAUACUCUGCAGGCAGAAGAGUGGUUCUUUAAGGCCGUGAGCAGGAAAGAUGCUGAGAGGCAGCUGUUGGCCCCUGAGAACAAAUUGGGAUCCUUUAUGAUCCGAGACAGUGAGACCACCGUGGGCAGCUAUUCUCUGUCUGUCAGGGACAGCGAUGGCAAGGGCAAUGACACCGUUAAACAUUAUAAGAUCCGUACGCUGGACAACGGAGGAUUCUACAUCUCCCCCCGCAUCACCUUCAGCACCCUGCAGGAGCUGGUCAGCCACUAUAAGAAGCAGGGAGAUGGCCUCUGCCAAAUCCUGACCAAGCCGUGCCUGAGCCUCAAACCUGAGAAGCCAUGGGAGAAAGAUGCCUGGGAAAUCCCAAGAUCAUCUCUCAAGAUGGAAAAGAGGCUUGGUGCCGGCCAGUUUGGAGAAGUCUGGAUGGCUACAUACAAUAAGCACACCAAGGUGGCAGUGAAGACCAUGAAGCCAGGCAGCAUGUCAGUGGAAGCCUUCUUGAUGGAGGCCAACCUGAUGAAGACUCUUCAGCAUGACAAACUGGUCCGACUUAAUGCUGUGGUCACCAAGGAGGAGCCUAUCUAUAUCAUCACUGAGUACAUGGAGAAAGGUAGUUUAUUAGACUUCAUAAAGACUGAUGAGGGCAACCGUGUCCAGCUCCCCAAGCUCAUUGACUUCUCUGCCCAGAUUGCAGAGGGCAUGGCCUACAUUGAGCAGAGGAACUACAUCCACAGAGACCUGAGAGCUGCCAACAUCCUGGUCAACAAGGCUUUAGUGUGCAAAAUUGCUGACUUUGGCCUCGCCCGUAUCAUUGAAGACAAUGAGUACACAGCCAGAGAAGGAGCCAAAUUUCCUAUCAAAUGGACUGCCCCUGAAGCAAUCAACUAUGGCUCUUUCACCAUCAAAUCUGAUGUCUGGUCCUUUGGCAUUUUGCUGACUGAGAUUAUUAGCUAUGGACGCACACCAUACCCAGGGAUGACCAACCCAGAAGUUAUCCGCUCCCUGGAAAAGGGCUACCGAAUGCAACGCUUGGAAUGCUGUCCCACUGAACUCUAUGAAAUCAUGAAGGAGUGCUGGAAGAAUAAGCCUGAGGACCGUCCCACCUUUGAUUACCUGCAGAGUGUCCUGGAGGAUUUCUACACAGCCACAGAGAGCCAGUACCAGCAGCAGCCAUGAGACUUCGCAUCUAUAGAUGUUAUCUAUUAUUUGAACUCUUUCUUUCAUUCUGAAUCACUAGUUCAGUUUCUACAUGCAACAGUUCAGAGAUCAUACACCUUCUACCUGUACCGCUCUCUCUUUCUUUCUCUUUUUUCCCAUCCAUACACGCAUAUAAUGUAUAGCAACAUAGGACAAUACAAAAAUUAUUGGGGAA